ACUCGUUGAGCACAUGUGCUCGUGUGCGGGUAGUGUGCGUUGCCCAGUUAACCUUUCUGAUAAUUUUGCACAGCCGAGAGUACAUGCACUUUAACUACACAGUAAAGGAAGAAAGAGACAAGUAAAAUAAUGACGAAAACAAAGAAGGAGAACGGAGCAACGGAGGAGGAAACCACAGGGACGGAGAAGUCAUACCAGGAGCUCAUCGCCAAUAUUAACCCCAUCGCCCAGCCUCUCGCCUCACGGAAACUCAGCAAGAAACUCUACAAAUGUGUCAAAAAAGCUUCUAAGCUGAAGCAGAUCCGCCGCGGAGUGAAAGAAGUGCAGAAAUUCAUCAACAAAGGGGAAACUGGGAUUGUGGUGCUGGCAGGAGACACCCUGCCUAUUGACGUGUACUGUCACCUGCCAAUCAUGUGUGAAGACAGGAAUCUGCCCUAUGCCUACAUUCCAUCCAAAGUGGACCUUGGCUCCUCAGCUGGCUCUAAACGUCCCACCUGCGUCAUCAUGAUCAAACCCCACGAGGAGUACCAGGAAGCCUACAACGAGUGCUUGGAGGAGGUGACGGCCCUGCCCAAACCGAUCUGAGCGCGGUCACGAGCGGCCACGGACAGACCCACAUCAACAGGGUGUGGACAUUUACAUAGAAACCCAUGCUCAACAAACCUUUGACGCAUACUCUUCCAGAGAAUAAGAACAAGAAUAAGACGUAGUCAUGGUGUGCCAUUUCCUGGACUGCAAUGACCCGCAAAGACCUCUCUUCACCUGGUCUCCAUGCCCCAUUGAAGACAUGGGUCAGCUAGAGGCUUGCACCACCUCCCUGUAGGGACCAAUGGAGAUGAGCGGGGGAAAAUGUCUGUCCCUUCCGGUGAAACGAGCAUGUGUUUGUGCCUUGAAGAUGCUGAUAUUACAGUGCAUGGAAUCGCCGCGUGCCCUUUGACAGCGCUCACAGGAACAACAGGGAUGUGAUUCAGUUAAAUGAACACAAAGCUGUGACAAACAUUACUUGUGGUAAAAUGUGCAGCAUUUUCUUCAUUCCUCCAGCUGUUGAGUUCAUAAUGCACAAAUGACCAGAAACAACAACCCUUACUUGAACGUGUGAAAGUUGGAGACAGACUGACUUGUGGUGACAUUAAAAUACACACU